UAGUCGAUAUAUUGGCGACACACCUCCAGUAACGUAGAUUCUGAUUGGUCAAUAACGGGGGCUUGGCUCACACGUGGAUGUUAAACAUUUUUGUUGAUACGACGGUCGUAUUUUUAUUACUUACUUGGAUAUUUAAUUAAAUAAUCACAAUCAAAGUAAGCAGAUGUCAUUGCGGACAGUCCUUCACUUCGUUAGCAGACGAACUUUUCAGGGAAGGGCGUGUCAGCAGCAUUUAGCGCCAGCAUGUAUACUAAAGCGGGAAUUUCACGAGGAUUUCCUGAAUAAACAGAAGAAUCUGGAUCACCCAACCGUGUUAAUCACAGGAAGCUUGGGACAGUUGGGUCAAGGCCUGGCAAAGAUAUUGAGAGCACGAUAUGGGCGAUAUAACGUACUUAUGUCAGAUAUUAUCAAAGCACCAAACAAAAUUCUUGAAACAGGACCAUAUGUCUAUGCAGAUAUUCUCGACUUUAAGAACCUACAGGAGAUUGUGGUUAACUACAGGGUAGACUGGAUCGUACACUUUAGUGCCCUUCUCAGUGCCAUAGGAGAACAAAAUGUGCCGCUUGCCAUGAGGGUCAACAUUGAGGGACUACACAAUAUACUCGAGAUCUCAAACCAGUACAACUUGAAACUGUUUGUUCCAAGUACUAUAGGUGCUUUUGGUCCUGACUCCCCAAGAAACCCCACUCCUGACCUCACCAUACAGAGACCCAGGACUAUCUACGGGGUAGCCAAGGUACAUGCAGAGCUUCUGGGAGAGUACUAUAAUCAGCGGUUUGGAAUGGAUUUCCGUAGUCUGAGGUUUCCAGGCAUUAUAUCUUCGGAUACCAACCCAGGAGGAGGAACAACAGAUUAUGCAGUAGCCAUUUUCCACGAGGCGUUAAAGAAGGGACACUAUCAAUGUUACCUGGAACCAGAUACCAUGUUACCUAUGAUGUAUAUAGACGAUUGUCUCAGAUCUAUCCUAGAAUUCAUGGAGUUGCCAGAGGAUAAGUUAAAAAUGAGAACAUACAAUAUACAAGCUAUGAGUUUCACACCAAGAAUUCUUGCCGAGGCCGUGAAGGCAUAUGUACCGGACUUUGAGAUAACCUACAAACCGGACAGUCGACAGGCCAUUGCCGACACAUGGCCAAUGAAGUUUGACGAUUCGAGGGCACGUGCAGACUGGAACUGGACACAUCAUUAUGACGUAGAUGAUCUUUGCAAGGUCAUGUUUGACGCCCUUAUACCAAAAUAUAAAGACGCAGCGAAAAAGCAAGCUUCCGGUCAUUCCGUUUAAACAUUGACAUGAAAGAUGAAUAACGUAAGCGUCUGAUGACACUGAUUUUAUUUCCGUUUUUUAACAUCAUUCCACUUUAUUAGGCUGUAUAAGUGAAGCAAUAAUUGAAGACAAAAAAAUCACUUGAAUUACAUUUAUGCAUUAGCUAUUUAAGUUGAGGAGUGAAUAUUUUAACACGUCACGAAAUAGGCGAGCCAUCACCAUUAACGCGAUCUCUGGUUCCAAGGUUUUGGCGAUCAUCAACACUGGACAUGCGCAGUGCAUCGACUAGAGCCAAACAAUUGUUAGCACCAUUCCGUUAACCGUUUGUUAAGUUUUGAUUUACUUUGU